CGAUAUUCCAACAAAAUGGGUCUAUCCAUCUUCGUGAUCACUGUGUUCCUGGGCGGAGCCUUUGCUGUCCCAGCACUUGUUGGACCUUUCUAUCAGACAAAUGAUUACUACACCUAUGAAGAAAUAGGGGAUUACCUAGAUGGAUUAGCGUGGAGCUAUAGCAACCGUGUGGUGCUGAAGGAAAUCGGCGUAUCCUAUGAGAACAGGACCCUGAGAACCAUAACUAUCAGUAAUGGAGACGGACGACCCGGAAAGAAUGUAAUCUUUAUAGAUGCCGGCUUCCAUGCCAGAGAAUGGUUAGCCCACACCACCGCCUUAAAUAUUAUCAACGAGUUGGUUGUGAACUAUGAUAAGAACAAGGACUUGCUAGAUGACUAUGAAUGGAUUAUCCUGCCGCUGGUCAACCCAGAUGGGUAUACAUAUUCACGCUCAGAUAUAGAGAGAAUAGACUGGCGCAAAAAUAGAAAACCAAGUGGAAACGGCUGCAUUGGCACUGAUCUGAAUAGAAAUUUCGAGGUCGGUUGGGGUGCUGGAGAUGCUUCCGACGAUCCAUGUAACUUUCAAUUAUAUCGAGGUGAAGCCCCUUUUACCGAGCCAGAAUCUCAGACGAUUCAAAGAGUUCUACUCGAACUGACAGCCAACAACCGUGGAAAACUAUACCUUUCCAUUCACUCUUACGGUGCAGAAAUUCUUUACCCAUGGAGCUAUGCUAAAGAAACUAUUAAAAACUAUAAGGAACAUUUGGAAAUUGCCGAAAAAGCUAUUCAAGCCAUAUCCAAGACCAGCCGACCUUCAAAAUACGUUGCGAGACCCGGAAAUGCUAUGUAUGUUGCUGGUGGCUCCUCAAUGGACUAUGCCUACAAAGUCGGAUUUCCCUUGUCAUUUGUUUGGGAGCUACCAGGGAUUAGAGGAAAUGAGGAAUUCAAAUUUUAUCCACCCAAAUAUCUAAUAAGGGAGCUGGUUAGAGAAACCUGGGUUGGUGUUCGCGCCAUGGCAAAAAAUGUGAUCAAAUACUAUCCAACAUCUUAACAAUAAAUAAGUUUUUUUAGAAAAUCAAAAUAAAGUCUGUAAGAUAUCUGAA